AUGACACGCCGACUGAAUUCUAUAUUUGUUUUUUUUCAAUCCGUUUCCCUCCAUAGUAAACCGGAAGUAGAUGAGUUUAGGGUUUACACUUCACCGGUUAACAUGUGUCAAAUUGAAAUCUCAAAACUCGUGUCUGCGGAGUAUAGUCGACGAAAUGACAAGGUCACUUCAUCCUCUUCAUCUUCUAAUGCCAUAAAGAACCUUGGUGGUGGACCUCUCUGUCAGUGUUCAAGGCAAACAAAUGUCACACUCUCGUGGUCCGAUGACAACCCGGGCCGACGUUUCCACCGUUGUGAGGUCCCCGGGUUUGUUAGUUGGGCGGACACGGAAGAACCCAAAAAUUGGCAAAAGGCAAGUUUAUUGGAGGAAAGGAAUCGGAUCAGAUGUAACAAACGUGAAACAGCUGCCUUAAGAGCUACUUUAACUGAAACCAAUGCCAUCUUAGAGUCGCUACGGUCAUCUGCUGGAAGAAAUGAAGAUCUGGAAAUACAUCAGUCUUAUGAACAAAUCUUUGAGGUGUUUAGGACAACGAAGAAGACAAUGCGCACUACGUUCAUGAUCACCUGGGUGAUGUUCCAACCUCAGCCAUUAUGA